AUGCUCUGCAACAAGCUUCUCCCCCUCGCUACGCUCUUGGGCGCAUCUGUCGCCCAGAACGCCACGCUCCGGUAUAUGCCGUUCGGUGACUCUAUCACCGAGAUCAUCUGCUGGCGUGCAAAGCUUUGGGAGAAGCUGAAGCCUACCGAGUGGGGAUCUGUGGACUGGGUUGGCUCCGGAAAAGUAGAAAACAACUGCGGAGACAGCACGUACGACCGCGACAACGAGGGCCACUCGGGUUUCUUGGCCAUCGACAUUGCCAACAGGCAACAACUCGUCGGGUGGCUCCAGACUAACCCGGCGGACGUUAUCACGAUGCAUCUCGGUACCAACGACAUCGUGCAGCAGAACAAGCCGGUUAACGAUAUCAUCGCUGCCUUCACGACCCUAAUCGGCGUGAUGAGGAACAGUAACCCCAAGAUGAAGAUCGUCGUCGCUCAAAUUAUCCCCAUGGGCUUUGGCAACUACAACACCCAGAUUCAGAAUUUGAACAAGGCCAUCAUCCCCUGGGCGCAGGGCCUCAACACCACCGAGUCGCCCAUCUGGGUCGUGGACCAAUACACAGGCUUCAGCGGCACCAGCGAUCUGCGCGAUGGCGUACACCCCAACGCUUCGGGCGAUGAUAAGAUGGUGAACGUCUGGUACCCGGCUCUUGUUAACGCCUUCCAGGUAGCUCAGGCAGAGAAGAGCGCGGCUGCUGAGAAGGUUGAGGUCCCAUUCACGGCAUAG